AUGAAUUUUCCGUCGCCACAUGCGCGUGUACUUCCGCAUCAAAUUCCGCUUGGCAAGCCGCCUGAAAGUAGAGGAACAGAAGAAGCUAAACAGCUGAACUGUAUUCAAGGAUCUCUCCUAGGUCUUGCCGUGGGCGAUGCACUUGGAGCAAGUGUUGAAUUUCGACCUCAUCAGUAUCUCGUGGUACAUCCCGUUAAAAAGAUGCAAUCUGGAGGUACGUGGGGUUUGAAAGCAGGCCAAUGGACCGACGAUACUUCAAUGGCAUUAUGUCUCGCCUCAUCUUUACUAACUAUGAAAACUUUUGACCCUUACAAUCAAAUGGUUCGGUAUAAAUGGUGGUACAAACAUGGUUUUCUUUCAGCCACUGGACAUUGCUUCGAUAUCGGUAGUACUACUCGUCAGUCGUUGGAUCUAUUUUGUCAUCGUCAAAAAGAACUUAUGAAAGUUUUAUCGUUAAGAAAUGAGAAUGAUGUCGAUAAACUUUCAAUUAUUGAUGUUAAGAGUAGACAACCAACAUUUGAUGUUAAUUGCAGUAAACCAGGCAAAGCUGGAAAUGGAGCUCUCAUGCGUCUUGCUCCAGUACCACUCUUCUAUUUUCGAAAUCCUCCUCUGGCCGUUGAAUAUUCCGGUGCCAGUGCACGUGUAACUCAUGGUGACAAGAAAGCUGUCGAUGCAUGCCGUUAUUAUGGAGCUCUUAUUGUUGCUGCUAUUCGUGGCGAACCGUUCGAGAAUCUGACCAAUAAAUCUUUCUAUACUGAGCACAAAGACUGGUUCGGAUCAGAUGAUCUCCACGAAGAAGUACUUCGUAUAGCCGCAGGCUCCUAUCAGAAAAAUGAUGGUUAUGAUAAAGGUAUUCGAGGUAAAGGCUAUGUUAUAGAUGCACUUGAAGCUGCUUUAUGGGCUUUUUGGAAAUAUAAAGGAUCAUUCAAGGAUGGUGUCCUUGCUGCAAUCAAUCUUGGAGACGAUACAGAUACAACAGCUGCUAUUUAUGGUCAAUUGGCGGGAGCCUAUUAUGGUGCAGAUAAUAUUCCUGCAGAUUGGGUUGACAAACUUUAUGCUAAAGAGUUGAUCAGGGACAUCGGCAGUUGGUUACACUACGAAGGAGAUUCAUUCAUGUUAGAAAAUAAUCAACCCAAAGAAUCAUCCCAUCAGCAAGUUCAUUCAACAGAUAAACAUCCAAAUAACCAUAAUGCUUCGGAAUCAAUGUCAACGGUUAUGACUUCAUCACAAUUUCCCAAUUCCGAUUCGCACAACACAACAUAUCCUACCUAUGAUCCAAGCAUUCAACAACAAGCACCAAAACAAUCUAACACUCCAUUGAACAUCAGUGAACAUUCUAAUGAUCCAAGCUUGUCCAAUCCAUCUUCUACCAACUCUCAAAAUUUACACAAUAAUCCGAAAAGUAAUAGUGACCAGAUAGGGAAAUCUGAAUGGGGUUAA